AUGAUAACUGGUGGGAAAAUUAUACAACGUACAACUACACUUUUAAAAUGUUUCUGUCUAUUACAUCAAGUUCAUGUUCAUCUAUAUGAAUUCACGCAGACUCGUGGAGAAUCAAUGUUACCUACACUAGCACCCCAAAACGAUUUUGUUCACGUUUUGAAACAUCGUAAACUAGUACAUACAGUGGGUCCACCUCGAGGCCUGCAAAUUGGAGAUUGUGUAGUACUAAUGAAACCUCAUGAUUCUUCACAGAGAGUCUGUAAAAGGAUAACAGGAUUACCAGGUGAUUUAAUUCAAGUAGAUCCAAGUUAUGAUAAUGAUUUUGAAAAUUGUUUUAUUAAAGUACCGCGUGGUCAUGUUUGGGUAACUGGGGAUAAUUUAUCAUAUUCAUUGGAUUCAAGAAGUUAUAGUGUAGUUCCCUUGGGACUUAUUGUAGGGAAAGUGGUUGCAGCUAAUGAUUUUAAUAAACCGUUUUAUAAUAAUGGUAUAAUUUUUGGUUAUAGACGUAUUAUAAAUAAUUAUAUUAAUGUAUAA